AUGGCUGCCUGCCGUGUGUGUGACCUCAGGGUGCUGGUGGCCAUCGUGUGUGGGCUGCUGACUGCCGUCACUUUGGGACUGACCAUCUGGAUGGCUGUUAAGAUACUGACAGCAACACCUUCCUCCUCAGGAAGACCUUUUAAAGGGGACUGCAGGAAUGGUGGAACCUGGCAAAAUGGCACAUGUCUUUGUACAGAAAACUGGAAAGGACUGAGAUGUACUAUAAUUAAUUUCUGUGAAAACAGUACCUCUGGGGGUUUUACUUUUGACAAUAUUUCAGUGGGAAGAUAUGGACCUUCCUUGGAAAAAUGUGACAAGGACACUCUCAAUGCGGGCAGCCCAAGAGCAACCCGGCUGUGCAACCUUACUGAAGAUGGAGAGAUAGAAUUACAAAAUGCGACAAUAGCAAAUUGCAAUACAAAUCUGGAAACCCUGGAAAAGGAGCUAAAUGAUUCGUCAGCAAAUGCUUCAGCUAUUUCUGGACAAGUCCUGAUUUUAACAUCUAAUAGCGAAAAUUUAAAGCCUCAGAACAUCACUUCUGCUACUAAAGUGGUGGGACAGAUCUUAAACAUAACCACAAAUGAUUCAUCUCAGGCAAAAAUAGAUGCUGUCGCAACAGUGAGUCAACUUCUAGAUGCCAACGAAGGUAAUUUUCAAAAAGCUGUCGCUGAAGAUGAACAGGCCUUUUCAAUGCUUGUUACUCAAAUGGAGACUUACUCCUGGUCUUUGGGCAAUAAUUCAGUGGUGAACCCUAAUAUAGCAAUACAGUCUGUCUCUUUACAUCCAGAAGACACUGGGGGGUCUACAGGUGUUCUCUUCACAGUGGACAAAGGAGCUAGCGAUUCUCUUGUUUCUGGUUCCACAAGUGUAGAAUUAAACAAGGACGGUGUUCAUCCAAAUAAAACGACUGAACUUCAGAUCUGGCUCAAUACACCAAAAAUUAAUGCUACGUCAUAUGGCUUUAUAGUGUAUCAAAACAGCAAGCUUUUCCCAUCAAAAAUUUUUAAAAGUACAUCAAAUUAUAGUAUAAGAGUUGUCUCAAGCACAGCUAAUAACACUGGGAACAAUCAGAAUACUUCUGUCCAAAUGGCCUUUCGUAAACAGUACACGGAAAAGAAGUUACAGUCUUUUGCCUGUGUCUAUUGGAAUUUUACAAAGAAGGACUGGGACACAGAUGGCUGUUUCAAAGAUGGAAACAAAGAUGAGGUGCUGUACUGCCGCUGUAACCACACUACAAACUUUGCCGUGUUAAUGAGUUUUACAGAGGCUAAUUAUCCUGGCCUAAACGAAUUAACCACUGUUGGAUGUGCGCUGUCCAUUACUGGUCUGAUUCUCACAAUUAUAUUUCAGAUUGUCACCAGGAAAGUCAGAAAAACCUCAGUAACCUGGGUGUUGGUCAGUCUGUGCACAUCAAUGUUGAUUUUCAACCUCCUCUUUGUGACUGGAAUUGAAAACAAAAAUAAGGAUAAAAAUAGUACUGAUGAAAAUAAUGAAAUUCCGCAAAAAAUCCCUCCAAAUAGACUGUGCACGGCGGUUGCUAUCUUGCUGCACUAUUUUCUGUUGGCGAUGUUUACCUGGACUGGAGUCAGCGCUGUGCAGCUCUACUUCCUUCUGAUCAGGACUAUGAAGCCUCUUCCUCAACGGUUCACUCUUUACAUGUCUUUAAUUGGAUGGGGAGUCCCAGCUCUCAUGGUAGCUAUGACAGUGGGAAUUAUUUUUUCUCAGGAUUCUUCAGAAUGGGAUCUAAACUACCGGCAAGAAAAAAUCUGCUGGUUGGCAUUGCCAAAAGAAAAUGAGUUUGAAAAAAGUCCAUUUUUGUGGUCACUCAUUUUACCUGUGGCCAUUAUCCUCACCAACAAUGUUGUUCUAUAUAUUAUCAUUAUAGUCAAAGUGGUGUGGAAGAAUGACCAGAAUCUGACAAGCACAAAAAAGGUUUCAUUGCUAAAGAAGGUUUUCAGCACAUUAUCUAUCGCAGUCAUAUUUGGAAUUACCUGGAUCCUGGGAUUUGUUAUGCUAUCACAUGAUGAGAAAUUCAAAGAGGCCCUCAGCUACAUAUUCUGCAUUUUCAACACUACUCAGGGAUUGCAAAUUUUCAUCCUCUACACUGUCAGAACAAAAAUCUUCCAGAACGAAGCUGCCAAAAUGUUGAAGUUGCUAUCAUCAUCAGCUGAUAGAGUGAAGUUUCUGCCAUCCAAGACCGGGAUGAGGCUGCGUGCGAGGAUGUAUAACAUGCUCAGUUCAUUCCCAGCCCUAAACGAACGCUUUAGGCUGCUGGAGCCAGCUGUGGUUACUGAGGAAAUGACACUCUCUGAAAGUGACCCAACAAGCAUAAGCAUCUAG